AUGCCACCCAGUGCGGUACUACCCAGAGCAAGACCGCCCAGAGUGGUACCACCCCAGGGCAAAACCUCUCAGAGCUGGACCAACAGCACCUCUGCCAUCACUAACAGCCACGCUGGCGAUCUUGUCGGAGAUGUCGACGGUGUCGCCAGCGGUGUUAUUCACAACCUUACUCAAGGUUUGACGACUGUUCUCAACCCCGAGCGCAAACCGGCCGGUGUCCACGCCGCCAUCAAUGCUUGGCUGGAGGGCAAGGGCCGGCGGCCCAACAGUUUCUUGAAUGGCACGAUCUUCCCCGUCUUGGAUGGCUUGGAUUGUGCGAAGGCUACUGCCCCGAAGAAGAAGUGUGGCUCGCGCAAGCGGGUGUGA